GGCAAAUGACCCAGUCACCCCUCCUGAGCGAGGAAGAAGAUCGGCGUUGGAAAAUUGCGGCGGAAGCCGGUGAAAAAUUCAGCGCUCUCUACUAUCGCGCAUUUGACAAGCAAGAUCGUGUUGAUCUACCCGGUUUUUUCAUGGAGAACGUGGUACUUUUGUGGAACGGGAACCGAACAGAAGGUCGUUCUCUCGUCCUUGAUUACUUGAACAAAUUGCCAAAAAGUUCGACUACGCUACAUUCGCUUUCGGCACAGCCGGUCCACAAAAGUCUAAGCGGGGACCGCCUGAUCGUCCUAGUCAAUGUGUUUGGCACCAUCAGAUUUGAUCAGCAUCCGCAGCACCAAUUUUCGGAAACAUUUUUUCUCACCCAGGAAGACAAACUCUGGCGAGUUCAGUCAGUUACCUUCAGAUUUAUUGACUAGCUAUAUCUCCAAGUGUACUCUUUCUUGUACAGUACUUUCAUGAAUCUCUUGUGAAUACAACAAUGGACUUUCC